AAGGUUGAAUUUUCAAUGUGUGUAUCUUUGCAGCUGAAUCACGACACCGACUCGUUUCUCGCUCUGACCACCGACGGCAUCAACUUCCUGCUGAGCGACCAGGAGAUCUGUGAUGUCAUCAACAAGUGCCACGACCCCACCGAGGCCGCAGAGGUCAUCGCUCAGCAGGCGUUGCAGUACGGCUCGGAGGAUAACGCCUCCAUCAUCGUGGUCCCUCUCUCAGCGUGGGGGAAACACCAGAGUUCACCCACCGUCUAUAGCAUGAGCAGAAACUUCGCCUCCAGCGGACGAUGGGCGUAACACAGGAAAAACAUCACCAUAGAAAAUCACAGCCUAUUUAUAACCCUUAUUUACCGAACUUAAGUAUAUUUUUGAGGUUCUUUUACUUUAUUUCCAUUAUGUGCCACCCUCUUAUUCUACUAUACAUCGCACAGCAAAAUAUAUGUACUUUAAGAGAAGGGAAAUUCAAUAAUAUCAUAUCUUUAAGCGGAGCAGGAGCUUCGAGGGGCGUAACACAGGAAAACAUCACAUUUACAGCAUAUUUUUAACCCUUAAAAUCAUAUAUGGUAUCACUUCCAUCAUUAACAGUGUAUAUAGAGUGCAUAUGAAUAUAUUGUACAUACAAAGAAAGGCAGGUUGUGAAAUGUAACCUCGAUUUCCCCAAGAUUAAAGUGAUGAAUUACCGUAUUUAGGUACAUUUUUGUACCACCCUCUUAUUCCACUAUAUGUGACAGGAAAAUAUAUGUACUUUAAGAGAAGGGAAAUUCAAUAAUAUGAUAUUUUUAAUGCAUCAAUGUAUGUUUAUAUUUUGUCCAAAAGCUAUAUACUACUUUUCAAAAUAAGUGCGUUGCAUUCUUACUUCUUAACAACUUAAGGGGUUUGGAAAAUAAAUAAAACAUGUUAAAUGACACAAAACUUUCACUUUAGCAUACUGAGAUUUGUCUUUAUGAAAUGUACUAAUAAUAUAAAAUAAAAACUUUGAAAUUC